ACUCGCCUACGCAAAUGUUUUAAGAAGAUUAGCCUAUUUCAUCGGUCUGGAGAAACUGGAUGUCACCCUCGUUAUGAAAAUUUAAUUACAGCAAUGGUGUGCGUGCUAGUGCGAACCUACAAACCUGCAAAGUGGAUAUAUAGCUAUGGGGAUAUUCAACUAAAAUAAGUUAAAUAAAAGAAAGUAUCAAAAGAUGAGAAUCCUGUGCUCGAUCCUGCUCCUCCUCUCUCUGCACCCGGCUACUUGCACCAAAGUGCAGAUUCCAGCGGUCGAAGUCCUGGAAUGGGGGGAGACGAAUAAUGAAGAGAGCCUCUUGCAGACAGCGAGCCCUCGGAUUGUAAACCCUCUCCGUCUCUUUGCCAGGGGACCUACCGGGCAGAAGCAGAACACCAGCGCCAUGACGUACAUACAACACAUGGAAAACUUCUGGGACUGGCUCUCCAAUCAGGCUGAUGUUCGGGAGAGACACGCCAGAACUAAACGGAGGCCCAUAGUGAAGACUGGAAAGUUCAAAAAGAUGUUCGGUUGGGGCGAUUUCCACUCAAACAUCAAGACCGUAGAACUGAACCUCCUCAUAACCGGCAAAAUUGUAGACCACGGGAACGGCACUUUCAGCGUUUACUUCCGUCACAACUCGACCGGUAAGGGGAACGUCUCCGUCAGCCUGGUGCCUCCCUCCAAGGUGGUGGAGUUUGAGAUCAGUCAGCAGUCCACACUGGAGACCAAGGACUCCAAAGCUUUCAACUGUCGCAUCGAAUACGAGAAGACGGACCGGGCCAAGAAGACGGCCUUGUGCAGCUUCGAUCCCACCAACAUGUGUUACAAGGAGCAGACACAGAGUCAUGUCUCUUGGCUUUGCUCAAAGCCCUUCAAAGUUAUAUGCAUCUACAUCGCCUUCUACAGCGUUGACUACAAGCUGGUGCAGAAGGUUUGCCCUGACUAUAAUUAUCAUAGUGACACUCCCUACAUCUCCACUGGCUGACCAUGCAAACUUGUCUGUUCUUGGGUUAUGUGAUGACCUCUGCGACCUUGUGUGACCCCCUCCUCUGACCCGUUCACAUCACCCACAUUGUGCGUUCUCUGUAUUUUGUGUGGAAUUAUACCUUUUCCAGAGGCUGGCUGCAAGGUUAAGCCACAGGCCUGUAAUUACUUGUGAAUUUAAGCUUUUGUGUCAGUAAACCUGUGAGUCAAUAUUAACACCUACCAUUAGACCUUGUUCUGCUGUUCUAAUUCAUGAAGUAAAUGAAACUGAAAUAUGCUGAGAAUAGUGCACUGUUGAGGUUGCCGGAAAAUAGAUCAAUUUCUUACAGUUUACUGAUACAGAUUUGACGGAUAUAGGUGAAAGCAUACAUGUUUGGAAAGCCAUUGAGUGAGUAGAAACCCUUCAGAUAUUAUUAUUCUUAUAUAUUGUUUGAUUCAAAAUGAUUUCAUUUGUAUCCCUAGAAUGCAUCCUCCCCAUGACUAGGGAUUUUUACUAGUAAUGAUAUGACCUAAAAACAUCUAUAUUGCCAAUUUGAUUAUUUGCUUUAUUGCCAGUCAAAUUUAGCCAUUUAGAAAUUUGGAGCAAGCUGAGCACACAUAGUUUACUUCUAAGUAGUUAAUGAUCUGUUGACCUAAAUUAUAACAGACUAUUUCUUCUGCAUAAGAGUGUGGGCCACUAUUUUAGACAACAAGGCAGAGCAGAGGACAGAUGUCAUCCAGGAUUUGAUGGAUGUAUUUUUCAGUGCGCGUAUUCCACUUGAAAAAAAUAAAAGACAAUCCUAAAUGAGAUGCAUUUAAAUGGAAAUGUUAAGAAAUGGUGCUGAUAUUCCAAAAAGGAAACAACUUGAUCAGAAGUGCAGGCUGCUAUUUGCCAAAAAAGGUCAUAAACAAUUAUAUUUUUCACAUUUGUUUUGUUCUGCUAGGAAAAUCAGUUACAUCCCAUUUAAAACAUUAUAAUUACCAGCACGGUGCACCUUGAUGCUGUAAGGUGCGGACAGUAUCGAACAAUAUUUAGUUUGAUGUUCAGCAAUACCUAGACUAUCAGCAUCAAACAAUUUUGAAGUGUCGCUGCAUGAUAUUCUAAUUGAGGGCGACAGAGCAAGCUUCAGGCUCCAGUGUAAAAUUAGACAGCGCUGCUUCUGGGUUCUAGGAUAGCUCAUACUUCUGAACUGGUUUAUUUCACAUGAUGGCACAUGAAGACGACCCUGCAUGGGCUCUCAGACGUUCUGGAACAGAGGCAAAAGCAUACUUGUCUGUUCCAACCAGACAAGUUUACACUACGCACAGUCAGAGGAGACUUAGACAACUCAACAUGAUAAACACAAACGAUGAACCUUGCAGUUUUCUGUUUUUUCAUCUGUUGUAGUCUUUUAAGAAGCGUAUACCUUAACCAUGUUUUGUUAUUAUGAUUAUUCUUAACUAUUUUUGUGCAGGUAAAGUAAUUGCAUUUUAUAUAGGCUAUAAUUACCAAUGUUUUGAGAAAAAAAGGUCACUGCCCAGCACUAUAAAAAUGUCUGUGGUUAAAUGUAUUGUGCAGUAUAUGGCAGUGUGGGAACAGUGGUGUCAAAUCAUAAUCCGUACUUAAUUAGUGGCAGUUGAUGUAGAUUUCUGGGGAUGGGAUACAGCUCUUUUGACCUCUUAUUGAGGGAUGACUGAAUUGAGGUCUAAGAAUAGAUAGUGGUGUCCCUAGUAAUGAGAUGUCUGGUUCUACAGCACCACAAUUCAUGCUUUUGAUACAUUUAUUUAUUUUAUAAAAAUUGAAACACACAAGUAACCAUAAUUACAGUAAAUUAGUUAUUCUCCUCAAUGUAGACACAAAUAUUGAAGUUCUUGACAUUCUAUUCCAUUCCAAGUUGUUGAGUUGAGAAGAUUCAUGGAUGUAUGUAUCAUUUUUUUCAGUCUGUCCAUCUGCUUAUGCCACCUUUUCACAAGGGAAAAUAUUGAAAUAAUAUCACAGAAUUUAGUCACCACUAUGUAAAUAUUCCAAGUUAGAAAUUUCAAGCCAUUUCUCAGCACACUUUUGGUUGUAUAAGCCUGUUUUGUGGUGUAGUGAGCUAAAAACUGUUUGGAUCUACCCGCAAGACAGCAUUCACUUAAAAAAAAGAUGAGCCCUGAGAGGAAUUGAUUGUUAAAAAACAGGUUUCAUUUUAAAUGAUGAGGGACAAGCUCUUAAGCCAGACACAGCACAGGUGGACAUAAUGAAGCUGGCAACCGCGUAACAGAACUUGGUCAUGCUUGCAUCACAGCUUGACAUUUCUUCACUUUAAUUAACAGUAAUUAUAGCAUGAAAUUUCAUUUACAUAUCACGACUCAGCAGACCAAUAGCCUACAGUAAAACCGACUUUGUCAGCCUCAUGUGGAAGCACAAAAAAUAACAUGCUUUGUUUCUCCAUCCAUUAUGGAGACUGUGGACCAAACAUAGCUAGGAACAAAAUUCCCACUGCCAGAACCAUACUAAUCCCAAGAGUUAUAAAAAUGUUUGGCUUCAUGAGCAAAUCACAAUUUUUCAACCCUGUGAUGCAUUUCAAACCUGUAAAUGUGCAACAAGAAAUUGUAUUACUGAAUUAUUGUUUAAUCUGUGUACAUGUUUUUUUUCUGUUCCUUGGUGCAAUGCAAUAUGUUCUGUGUGAAUCCACAUUUACAAAAUGUUACUGUGUCACAUUAGUUUUGCAAUUUAAUUUAAUCUUUCAGUAUUAUUCAGAUGAAUGCUGUUGAAUAUUGUUCGUGAUAUCACGUAGUUUCAAAAGUCAAUUGAAAACUAGUUUUUUUUUAAUAUAUCAGUAAAUAGUAAAUCAUGAGUUUUACAAAUAGAGAAUCUGGCUUGUUAUAAGGUAUGGUUUACUUUUAUGUGGAAUAGAAAUAAAGAGUACAUGUUUAGGCUAUGCAUAGACUAUGUAGCUAUAAUAUAAUCUGUUAUUGUUCAUUUUUAAAGGUUUAUUUUGUAAAAAUUAAAUUUGUUUUGAAAAUGGA